CAAAAAAAACAAUGCGGCAUAUAUCCGUGAAGACUUAGCGAAAACCAGCAUGUGUGUAUGACUAUAUAUUUUGUUAUGCAUUUUGAAAAUGUUCUAGCCCUAACAAGCUAAUUUUAGUGUUUUUCGCCAGUCUGCGUGGUGUGAAUUCCGCUAACGCAGAUAACCAAUGUCAAGUAUGCGUCGAGCUAGCUAGCUAACACCAUUUCAAUCCUGACCGACUCCGACGGAUAUAAUUAGCAAUGAACGUGACGUUCAUGGGUCUUCUUGCUUCCCCGUUGUUUUCCUGCGGACCGUAUAGAUAGACAAAUCGCCUUUGAAAGGCAUCCUCGUCACUGUUGCAAGUCGGGCCGAGAAGAAAUGGACGCCCGAGUCUCUCCGACAUAAACAGAUCUCCUGGAGCACCAUCGACAGCAUCUAGUCCCGCACAAGACCCCGAAACGUGUCUUUCUGUUUUCUAUGACACACCCAGUUUAUGCCCAGCUGGAUUCGGUGGAAUCGCUUCUGGACGAGCUCCCAUAUAUGUUGUAUUUGGGCCUGUUUUUUGUCAACGUCCUCAUCCUCUACUAUGCCUUUCUGAUGGAGUACAUCGUGCUGAAUGUGGGGAUAGUGUUUCUGCCAGAGGACAUGGACCAGGCGCUGGUGGACCUCGGGGUGCUGUCCGAGCCGGCCUCUGUGCCCUACGACGCAGACACGGAGCUGGAUGUGUUCGAGGGGUAUCUGGAAUGACGAAUCGAGGCGUGGACAUGAAGAACCCUGUUAGAGGGGAUGCAGACUCUCAGUCACAUAUAACGGUAAAAAGUUGUGUCGUCACAAAGAGCUGACCCGAGGAAGGUCGACCGUCCCAAUGGGGACAAAGGACUAUCACAGCUGUGGUGUUACCGACUCUUAUUUGGGACAAAAGGAGCAACUAUGUGCUGCACGACUCUAAAGUGUUUCCCGUAAUUUGAGGGAUGCGUUAUGCUUCUCAUCCAGCUGCCCGGCAUUUACACCAAAAAGCUUUCCAGGCUAUGUUGGACUUGGCAGCAAGCUCCACAGACUCAUCAGAACUUGUCUCUUGUGUUCCAGUGUCCUGAGACUUUAGGGAAGAACGGGAAGACAACAUCCCCUGUAAGCAUGUGGCACUCCGACAACAGCUUGUUUUUAUAUUUGGACUCUGAACGCAAGCUCGCACAUCCUUGAGGCUUAAAUCAGAAAGUCUUUUGAGGUUCUCCAUAAUGAAUUUCAGCUCUCAGUAGCAAUGGCAGGACAGGAUAUCACUGGAGAUGGAAAGGAAUUGAACUUUUCUAAUUUGCAGCAAGUUAUCAGCCAAAUAUAUUGAUAUAUUUUUCUUAAUAAAUUAUUUUUGGCAAAUUAGGACAAACAAUUUUGUGGAAAACCUCAAAAGACGUGCAUGAGAUUUCUAAAAAUGCAAAUUUUUCUGUCGGUUUUACAUGAUUUAUGACUGAGAGACUCAGUGCAUGAUGUUUUUACAUAGUUAAAGCAUAAGCUCUGAACAGCAAUAAGAAAUGUAAGAUGGGUGAUCAGAUAAUAAGGAGACCUCUCACAUUUAAUGACUGAAUGGAUCCUUUUUGGGUUUGAAUGUACUGGACAUGCUGCAGGUCUAGGCAGAGGACGUACAGCCUGACUGAAAACCUGUUUUUAAACAGUAUUUUCUUUCUUUACACUCAAUAUGCUGAAUGCUCUGGACAUUGUUUUGGUUUUAAUUCAAGAAAUUGAAUAUUUACACAUGCAUGUUUCACUCUGAAGCUCUAGGUCCAAAAUUUCCUUGCCUGACUCCAUUAUUAUUAUUAUUAUUAUUUUUUUGGUCAAACGUUUUAAUCUUUCUUUGGAUUUAAAACCUACUCAGCUGAGAGGGCAACCAGAAAGUAAUCCAGUGUAAUGUGAUGUUCAAAUGUUGUUUAAGGCAAGAAUAUUGACGUAUAAAGUUCCUGAUACCAAACUGUUACCAUAGUUUUAUACAUUUAAACAAUCAAAACACUAAAAGCUGUUUUGUUUUAUUUCAAAAUGCCAUGAAGCAACAUUUUUUAUAACAAAUUUUUGCAAUUUUUUUGGGCACGAUAAAAGUUGCUCGCAAAAUAAAUGCUCAGGAUACUGCUUAUUAAUUAUUGUAAAUUUGUAGAGUUUGAUCAGAAAGUUAUGUAAAUGGUUCUAAUUGGUCAAUAGUUUUUGCAUAUUUUUGUUAAUAGAUUGACUAAAUGCGUAACAUGUUAUUUUUAUUAUUAGUGGCCGUUUCAGACGUUCGUCUGCAAACUAAUACGAACAUUUUAAAGUCAAACCUGGGUUUUGGAUAAAAUGUGAAAAAAAUGCAUUUUACAAGGAAACAAUACAUUAAAGUAGAAACAUUUAUUUUGAAUUGAUGUCAACAAAAAGUUGCAAUGUGAAAUUACAAAGUAGCAUCAUUUUUGGUUAUUUUACAGUUUAAAUCUUUAGAAUUUUGUGUUUAUUGACUCCGAACUGCAGUCACGUCCACAUCUACACUGUAGCAGCUGUAUCCAUUCGCUGAACCUUGUGCCAGUUUUAUUUUCUGAUCCGUAUUUAAUAAACUUUGAGUGCCA